GUGUGUGACGGGAGUGGAGCUCAGAGCGAUGAGACAGCAGGGAGAGAUGCUGCACCUGAGCCCGAUCACCUGAACACGAAGAGGAAGAAUUAAAGCAAAACAAGGAGAGAGGAGGUGAAGGGUUUGUCAGCAUGGUGGGACGGUUUCACCUGUGAGAGAAUCAAGUGCAGCCGGCUCAUCGUCAACAAGGUCCAUCCUCCAUCUCUGUUGGUGCCAUGGCUGACCAAACCUGGUGGAAGCUGACCUUCUCACGCAAAAAGAAGUCUGAAUCCAAGGUUCUAUACGAGAUCCCAGCGGAGUAUGGCAGCAACACCGGGAACAAGGAGCACCAGAGCAGUAACCCAUCUGCAGAGCACAUGGACAGCCAGUUCAAUGUCAGACUGGAGAAGAUUGUGGAUAAAUCUGCCGCCAAAGGCCGCCACGUCAAGGUCUCCAACUCUGGCCGCUUCAAGGAGAAGAAAAGGGUCCGAGCCACGCUGGCCGAGAACCCCAACCUUUAUGCAGAGCACAACCUCAGCGACGAGAACCACAAAAAGAAGACUGACAAAUAGCAGAAUGCACAUACUUGAUCAUACAUGUGUCAUAAAUCAGUGUCACAUUCAUAAAAGCUUUGCAGAGAGCUCAGAUAUAUGCAAACACAACGAUGUUGCACUGUGAUGUUGUGUGUUACCAAACACCACACCCUGGUAGAUACUGUCACCAACAGACUCACACCUAAAACAAACAGCAGAUAUCACCAACAACCUUUAGCCGUUCACAAAACGGAGUCGGAUCCAAACAAGAGACACCUUUCUUCUGAUUUUUACUCCAAAAUUGACUUUACAUUAACUUUUGUUGUUUUAUGUCGACAAAAACGAUCACUGACAUGAAGGAAAAGUCAAACCUGACCUCAUGCAUCCAUGAUUAUGAAGUAACAUUACUGUCAUUUAAGUUUUUAUUUUUAUUGUUAUAGCUAUAGUUUUAUUUCUCCCUUUUAUAUGUCUUGCACAAUCAGCACUUAAGUGGAGAUAAGUCAGUGCAACCAAAGCACAGUAAAUUUUUAUUACAUUUUUAUGACAAUGCAACCAGAGACUUGAUUUAAAUGACUGUAUUGUGUCUGAAGCAUUGUGUUGGAUUUUUCCCAUGCAGUGGCCCCAGAAAGUAAAAAGCCAAUGGACAGAUUACUGAACAGGCCUGCUGGUUCUGGUAUUGGUACCGAAGAACUCUGAAUUUUAAAGGAAGAGAUAUAAAAGAGACAAAAAUGGCAACAAAGUCAAGCAAAAUGACCAAAAUGUGACAAAGGCCACCAAAAAUAAACGCAAAAUGACCACAAAAAGAGACAGAACAGCUGCAAAGAAAAGCAAAAUGACCAAGAGGAGACCUAAAAUAUCAAAAAUGACACAAAAAAGACGAACAACCAAAAUGGGACACAAAUUGUCUUUAAGGUCACACUAAAUGACCACAAAGACACACGAAAUAACCAAAAGUGGGCAAAAAAGGACCACGAAGAGACACGAAAUCACCAAAAGUCGACAAAAAAGGACCACAAAGAGACACGAAAUCACCAAAAGUGGGCAAAAAAGGACCACAAAGAGACACGAAAUGACCAAAAGUGGACAAAAAAGGACCACAAAGAGACACGAAAUCACCAAAAGUGGCCAAAAAAGGACCACAAAGAGACACGAAAUAACCAAAAAUGGGCAAAAAAGGACCACAAAGAGACACAAAAUGACCAAAAGUCGACAAAAAAGGACCACAAAGAGACACGAAAUCACCAAAAGUGGCCAAAAAAGGACCACAAAGAGACACAAAAUGACCAAAAACUGGCAAAAAAGGACCACAAAGAGACACGAAAUGACCAAAAAUGGGCAAAAAAGGACCACAAAGAGACACAAAAUGACCAAAAGUCGACAAAAAAGGACCACAAAGAGACACGAAAUGACCAAAAGUCGACAAAAAAGGACUACAAAGAGACACGAAAUAACCAAAAAUGGGCAAAAAAGGACCACAAAGAGACACAAAAUGACCAAAAA